AUGAUCAACAUGCGAUCUUCCCACUCAAUAUUGUUAUUCGUUUCAGCUUGUCUGGCGGCAGAUGUCAACGUUGCCUGGCGUCUCGACCAUGAAACCAAGACCUCAGCAUUGCUAGCAGUAGACACCAACGGCACUGUCAUAGCGGGAACAUGUGGCAACAUUAUUAACGCUAGAGACCCGAUCGACUUCUCAUAUCUUGAUGAAAGCGAUGGAAGUGGUAAAUUCUUCAUCGGCAAUGCCAGCUACCUGGUUCACAGUAACCCUGUGUUUUCUGGUGGACCUGUGUGCUCCCGCACCUACAACCCAGAUCACACUCUUGUGCAUUGUUCAGGUAUCAGCUGGGAUGCUGUUGAUGCCAUUGGUGACGAGCCAAGAGACUGCUUUGCUAAGGCUCCCACGGAUGGCGAGCUGAUGGACCUUCAGAGCAGAGAAUUGGACAAGACUAGUCAGAUGCACAAGCGAGUUAGACUAGAGCUUGUUGGCGAUGGCAAUCCUCGCCAGCAUUACUACCACACACAGUUAUCGGAAACCAUAGACUGCGGCGCGGCCUCAGGCUGUAGCGUCGGCGAGUCAGAUACGGAGUCCCGCACUAUCUCGGCCAGUUGGACCUUAACCGGCCCGGAUAAAAGCUGGGCAAACUUUGGCUUCGGCGUCAGCAAAGCAUGGUCAACUGGCAAUUCCUACACCUGCAGCGGGGUGAAGAAUGAAUCGGUCUGCGUUUGGUACAAGGUCGCCCACACGACAUACACUGUAAAAUCCUUCACGAUCCCGCCGGGUGAGUAUAUGAACAACCAAGAGGUGGAAAUAUACGACAUUUCGUCUCCCAACAAGAAAAACAAGGGUGGGAAUUACUACUGCGUUGUCGGUAACUGUACAUCCCAGGAUGAUGGUUGGUGGGACAGGGUGGGUCGGAAAGGCGUUGCUUGA